UAGAAGAAGCAGACGGAGUAAAACGUGUAUCAGCUGAGCUGGCUGAUGUGAAAACCUUAUCUCAUAAUACGUGAUAUUAGACCAUAACGACGGGUUAUUGAGAUGGAGAAUGACAUUCUCGUCUCUCUUGAAGAUUUAGGGUACCAAGGCCCUCUUUUGGAGGAAGGAGCGCUGGAUUCUGCUGUGAUCAAUGGAGCAGCUUCACCUGAGUAUACUAAGCUCUGUGCCUGGGUUGUAUCUGAGCUUAGACUUUACUGUAAGCUGGAGGAAAAUGUCCACGCCACCAACUGUCCGAGUGAGGCAGAAAGCUUCCAACUGGAGAUGAGUGGUCUACUGUCAGAGCUUGCCUGUCCUUACGCUGUCCUCACUAGCGGAGACAUCUCCCAGAGGCUCCUCAGCAGGACCGACUGCCUGCUCCUCCUCACCUUUCUGGUGUCGGAGUUGGAGUCGUCAAGAAUGAUCCUGGUUAAUAAGCCUGAGAAGAAAGCCCAGGACUCAGGUAGCCCUGCGUUCAUGGAACUGAAGGGCAUCUGCAUGUCACUGGGCAUGUCUAAGCCUCCAGCCAACAUCACCAUGUUCCAGUUCUUCAGUGGAAUUGAAAAGAAGCUGAAAGAAGCCAUAAGUAAAGUCCCUCCAAAUCACGUCGGAGAGCCUUUGAUGAAGAAAGCCCUUGGACCUGUGCACAUGGUAAAUACUAAACAAUGGCACAAUCCAGUGUAA